AUGCAAACCAGCAGCUCUCUCCCUGAUCCCACUAGCAAUUGAAACAAUUCUCAGCCAUGGUUUCUGAAGAAACUGUUCGUACAGUACUUGGUGUUGCAGGGAACAUCACUGCAAUUACAUUGUUCUUGUCAACUAUACCAACUUUUUACCGUAUAUGGAAGAAAGGAAGUGUAGAACAAUAUUCACCGGUACCAUAUCUAGCCACUUUUUUCAAUUGUGGAUUAUGGGUGUUGUAUGGAAUGCCAUUUGUGCACCCCGAUAGCUUGCUCGUGGUCACUACCAAUGGAGCCGGGCUUGUGAUUGAGAUCGGCUACUUGCUCAUCUUUCUCGUGUGUUCAGACACGAGAAAGAAGUUUCAGGUAGCGAUGAUGGUGUUACUUGAGGUUUUAGUCAUUGGUGGAUUUGUUCUUUUUGUGCUAACCGUGGUGCACACGACACACAAGCGAUCAACUAUUGUUGGGAGCAUAAGCGUUGCGGCUAAUAUCCUUAUGUAUGCUUCACCGUUAUCGGUCAUGAAAUUGGUGAUCACAACCAAAAGCGUCGAGUAUAUGCCUUUUCUACUCUCAUUGUUUUGCUUAUGUAACGGUCUUUGUUGGUUCGUGUAUGCCCUUUUCCCAUUUGAUCCCUUCAUCGCGGUACCUAAUGGGAUCGGAGCACUUUUUGGCAUUCUGCAACUGAUUCUGUAUGCAACAUUUUAUAAAUCAACAAAGCGAAUGUUGUCGGCCAGAAAAGAGGAACCGGAAUUGGGCCUGGCUGUAAUACCAAUGCACGACGCUAAGGCUUAAACUGUAGGCCCAAUGGGCCUUAACCCGUAUUUAAAGUCGACCAUAUGCAAAUCAAAUCAUGAAUUUGUCAAACAAUGAUAUUGUUUUGAUUAAAAAUAAAUAAACAUUGUAAUAAAUAUGCUGGUAUUU